AUGGAGUGUGCUCCGAGUCAGUGUACUCCGAAUGUCUACCGGGCGAUCAUGUGUUUCGAGAACUUGAGCCGUUUCUUCAUGCUGGACUGUUUGAGGCACUUCGAGCGGUAUGCCCAAGUUCGCGUCUACAAGGCUAAACUGUUUGACAAUCUCAGUCAAGGAGAUCAUGUGUGGUACGACGACGUGUUGGAAGUCAGCGGAAGGUGGGAGGGCGACGUUGGUACUGGCCCACUUGUUCCCAUCACCUAUUGUAACGUGAAUGACAUUAGCAAGAAAUUGAAGUUGGGGCCUGACAUGGCUAAGGUCCGCCAUGCUUUGAACAUCCCCUCAAAGUUUCGCGAGUGGCGUUGGUUAUUGAGCGAGUAUCGGGAGGAAGACGGUGGACUGCCCCCUACCGAGGAUGUCGAGAGAUGGAAGCAGAAUGGUCCGGACCCUGAUGAUCUACCUGCUGGAUAUGAGGAGUGCUCUGAUGAACCCCCAUCAAAGAGGAAAGCUGAUGUCAAGUCACGGGAGAGGAAUGCGUCUCCAUUGAGGAAGAGGUCAAAGUUCCCUUCCGCCGAGAAGACCCAAGUAGGAGCUACUUUCGUGUCAUCUGCACGGGUUAAACAUCUUGUUGGUGCAGAUAGCAAGAAGAUUGGUGGUAUGCGCAACUUUAGGGAUGUCCCCCUUAAGCCUCUUGCUGAUGAGUUUGGAGAUCGUGAUCUGCUUCGUGAGAUAGUCCGUGCGCGAUCUAGUUCACCUGUGGAGAGGCAAAGAGAUGCAGAUGUUCCUAUCCGAAGUUCGGGUCGUUUGCACCAGUCGAAGAGCGGAGGUCGAUCUGGGAGGUUUGCUCAUCCAUCCAACCACCAUGAUCCUGCUGUUGGGUCACGAGCAGUCAAGCGUGGAGUUGAUUCUUCGUUUCCAAUUUCUUUGGAAGUGAGGUUGGCAGAGGCUAAGAAUGCAAGAGAGUCAUCUGCUCGGGCGAAAGGUUCUUCUUCAACAUUCGCAGUUGAUCCCCAGGUGGACAAGUCCAGCCCUGCAGGGGAUGCAGGAGUGUCUGAUCUGCUCAAGACGCAUUUUCUAUCAAGUCCAUCCGCUUGUGUUGGGCUGGUUGAUCAAAUCCGUCAAGCUGGUGAUCUUGGUACCUUUUCAAGUCUUUCCUUGGAAAAACAAAGGGAAGCCACACUUCAUCUGCUUCAAAAAGGAGUUGUUUUUGCUGCUGAGACCAUUCGGAAUUCGUCUGCUGUUGCCCCCUCUUCUGCUCAGCUCAGUGAGUUGGAGAAGAAGAAUGCCGAGCUAGUUUGCAAGCUUUCUGCCGAGCAGGCCCGCUAUGAGAAGAAGACGUCUGACUUGAGGGCGAUGAUAUCCGAGCUGAAGAGUUCCCUUGCUGAGAAGGAUUCCGAGCUUAACUCCUCCACUGCUGACUUGGCUAGUCGGAAAGAUGCUUACUUCCAUCUUGAGCGCAAGAAUGCCGACAUCUCUCACAGCUAUGACAAGCUUUUGGCUAGAUUUCGUGCCUAUCAUGAGUCUGCUGAAGAAUCCAGGUCUGAAGCUACCGUGGAUGCGUACAAGCUGGGCUACAUGGACUGCAUAAAUAGAAAAGAUCCAUUCUUUGCCAUUGGAGAUGAAGACAUUGAGAUGCUUUGUCCUGAGCAGGUUAAUGCUGUGGACAUGGAAGGAGUUGAAGAGCUGGUGGCUGAAGAGGCAGUAGCCGAUGGAGCAGGAGAGGAUGCAGCCGACGAGGCAGUGGCCGAUGGAGCAGGAGAGGAUGCACUCAGUGAGUUGGAGAAGAAGAAUGCCGAGCUAGUUUGCAAGCUUUCUGCCGAGCAGGCCCGCUAUGAGAAGAAGACGUCUGACUUGAGGGCGAUGAUAUCCGAGCUGAAGAGUUCCCUUGCUGAGAAGGAUUCCGAGCUUAACUCCUCCACUGCUGACUUGGCUAGUCGGAAAGAUGCUUACUUCCAUCUUGAGCGCAAGAAUGCCGACAUCUUUCACAGCUAUAACAAGCUUUUGGCUAGAUUUCGUGCCUAUCAUGAGUCUGCUGAAGAAUCCAG